AUGAACCUUUCCCUGGACCUUUCUAUGGGGGGUUCUAUGGGACUUUCUGUGUUCAAGAAUCAUGCCAGCGACAUAGUUUGUGAUAUCCGUGGACAUACAGAUACUUGCAGCUAUAUUGCAGCACAUUGCGACGGCUACUUUAAUAUUGCAAAAUACUAUUAUUGUUCGCCUCAGGCGUCCUCGUGGUUAUUUACGGUGUUUUUCUGCUUUGGUAUAUUCUUGGCAUUGGUAGCACUCUUUGGAUGUCUCAGCUUGAUCGUAGCGAGUCUUUUUUUUCCAAAUGUCAAUUAUUUCACCAAUGCUUGUGGAUGGAAUAAUCGAAUUUUAAGUGUGAUGCUUCUUCCAUUGACCAAUGCCAUCCCAGACGUUGUCAGCUACUACGUUACACUACGUUCAAAUUCGGUGGACUUGGUUUUGGGCCAACUUAUAGGAUCCAUCAUGGUGAUGUUCACGGUGAUUAUUGGGUCGAUUUCAUUCUUUUGUCCUUUUACUGUUACCGAUAGCAGAUGGGUGCUUCGAGAUUUCGCAUGGGUCGUUGCGGUGCUCGUAUUGUUCUUGUAUAUUCUUUCGGACGGGAAAAUCACUACCGCAGAAUGUGCGAUAAUGGUGCUACUGUUUGUGGUUUAUCUUUUCUAUCUAGGCCAAUACGACCAGCUGGCAGCUACGCAGAAACAGGACAGGGAAUAUACUAGGGAAUUGGCCCAUCUGCCGAAUUUUCUGCCAGGACUGCCAAAACUGCCAAAACUGCCAACUCUUCUGUCUCCAGGACUGCCAAUUUUUUCCAACUUUUCCAAUUCGGAGCUUCUUCGUCCCGUUCUGCCAUUAUCUCUCAAGUCCGGCUCUUCGGUUGGCUCUGACGGUCCAGUUUUUGAGGAAGUGGUUGAUAUUCUUGAAAAUAGAGACGCUCAUCGUCAUUUUUUCAUAUGGAUAUUCCAUCGCAUUAUUGAUUUUGUUGAAAAAUUGUUAGCGUUGGUUGUGCCAGUAGUGCUGGAAGAAACCUCUUCUACUCCAAUUCUGAGAAUAUGGUUUUCCGCUGUGGUUCCUCUAGUAUCUAACUUUGAAUUUGGGUUCACGGAAAACUGGGAAAUUAUGGUUCCUAUAGUUCUCGUUGCAAUUCUUGUCACCGAAGCAGCAUACCAGCACACUCGGCUGCGAAAAGUGGUCGCUUCCAUAAUUGGAGUAUACAUGUCCAUGGUGGUCAUUUCGCAGAUCUCGCAGGCUGUACUUCGACUAUUGAAGAACCUUGGGGUGUUGCUAAAGAUUAGCGACUACAUGCUUGGUUUGGUGGUGUUUUCCAUCAGCAAUUCCAUCACAGACAUCAUCACCAAUAUCACCAUUUCUGUCACUGUGGAUCCCAUCUAUGGAGUCAAUUGUCUGCUUGGAUCACCCAUCAUUCUCAUCUUACUUGGUAUCGGCGUCAAUGGACUUCUUGUCCAUGCUGCUGGACAAACGUUGCAAUUCCAAGUUCAUCAAAAUUUGAUAAUCAGUGCGUCGGGAGUAUUGUUGGUUAUGCUCUUUUACUUGGCAUAUAUCCCGCUCAACAAAUGGCAUCUUGACCGCAAACUAGGAGUCAUCGUGUGGUUGUGGGCAAUUGGUAUCACGGUUCUUAAUUGUGUAAUGGACCAAUGA